AUGUUCGCUCAGCCAUUUGAUCAUUCGUUCAAUGACAUCUUCAACCAAUACGUCAACAUGGACUCCUCUGGGCCCGAUGGCAACAAAGACCCGUCGUUCUCCGGCGACUUGGACCAGCUUUUCCCGCUUGAUGCCUUGUCGAGUGACUGUGGCGAUCUUUCACCCAUUGUCUCCACCUCGAAACCCCGUCAAUCACCGCAACCCUGGCAGGAAGACGAAGCUUCUACCAACCAGCUUGCUUUCCAUGACACUGUUCAUCCUUCUGUCAUCUCAGACCUCGGUCUGAAUAACUUUGAAUGCUCUUCUCGUGCGCCAAACGGAGCGACUAAAAGCGCCAUUGUCACCCCAAAAUCUAUUCGCCAUCGCGAUCCGAAUGAGCGUCUUGCGUUCUUGCGCAAGCAAAGCUUCUCUCCCACCUUCAAGCGCUCUGCCAACCUCCAGAAAGGAAAAAUGGCAUAUCCCGAGGCUUGGGCCCAGCGGAUUCAACACUUCAAUCUGCACGGCUCAGAAGACCGCCUCCCAUUGUCACCACCCCCAUCGGAUGUUCUCGUCCAGCAAGAGAACAUGACCGCCAACCACACCAUGCACCAGCACCGAGACUCGGCUGAGAUGCCUCCCCAGUAUGAUGCGAGGCUCUUCCACCAGUCCCCUGCCAUGUCGAUGCCGUCACCAUCUACCGGCACAAUCGCCCAACAUCAGCAACCAUAUUUGAGCCACCCGAGCUCCUCAAACUUGACGAAUUCCAGCCCUCCCUCCGCAGAUGACAUCUUCUCUUCCUCUCAUUCCUCGAACCCUCAAUCCAUUUCCUCAUGGCAAUCCGACGCUCUGGGCACCUCAUCUCUCUCCUUCACUCCCGAUCUCCAAGGCCACGAUGCGCAGGCAUGGUGGUCGCCUAUGCCUUCUCGGGUCGCCCAACCACAGACCCCCUACCAAUCGAUUGUCACAUCGCCCACACCACAGCGCUCCAUGUCCAACGUCGGAACCCAAAAUGACGUGAUGCAAGGCGGACUGAUGAUCCAGUUUGACCCCUCCUUUGACAUGUCGGCGGACUCCUCCUUCUCCUCAUCCAACAUGCUCCCCGCGAACUCGCAAAAGUUCAUGGCUCCGUUCGCUACCCCCCAAGUCCAACACUCUUCCCGCUCCCCAUCUCUCUCCCCCAAGGCCGGCACUUCUCCGAGGGACGCCCGGAAUGGAGUUGCCUCCAAGGCCAACCACCGCCGCACCCAUAGCCGCAAACUCUCGGCUCCGGGAUCGACUGGCCCCAAACCGGCCAAGUCAUCGGGAAGUCCUCGUGGCUCCAAUAAGUCUGUCAAUGUAUCGUUUGUGAACUUCACUGCCGAUGACAGCAAGAGAAUCUUGACUGGUGUUGCCCCCUCCGGCAGCUCCAAGACAAAAGCUCGUCGCGAGCAGGAGGCCCGCGACCGCCGCCGCAAAUUGAGUGAGGCCGCAUUGAAGGCCGUGCGCACCGCCGGCGGCGAUGUCGAUGCCCUCGAGGCUGUAUUGUGUUGA